AUGCAAAAGUUUGCCCUGACAAUACGCUCACAGGUUUCCUUUGUCUGUUUCUCACUAGAUUACGGAAUGCAUUUAUUCAAGGCAGACCAACGUGGAGUUCCAAAGUUCAACCCAGUCCUGGGGAGACAGGGCGAUGCAGAGGAGGGCAUCGAGAGCAGUGUGAAGGCCUCCCUGCUGUACACGGCCCCGGAGAUCCUGAGAACUGGAGUCAGUCACCUGGACCAUGUUGGGGCGGGGACCCUACAGGGAGACAUGUACUCCAUGGCCAUGAUCAUGGUGGAGAUACAGACCCACGAGGCCCCCUACAACGAGUACCUGGACUAUGUCGACAUUGACGACGUCCUCCAAGCCAUUGCCGGACAGAAGAACAUCAAAUCCCUACUCCCACCAGCCUGGGUGAAGAAGGGAUCAAGUGAGGGACUGAGGCCGACACUGCCCGAGGAUGCCGAUCCGGCCUACGUGGCUCUACUGGAGACAGUGUGGACAGAGGACCCACUGCAGAGACCUUCCUUCACCCACCUCCUGAAACAACUGGAGGCUCAGAGUCCUCAGCGUGGAGACCUCAUGGACAACCUCGUCUCAAUGCUGGAGAAGUAUUCGACCAACCUGGAGGCCAUAGUGGCAGAGAGGACCAGCGAGCUGGCGGCAGAGAAACAGAAGACGGAGGACCUGGUGUGCCGCAUGCUGCCCAGGGCCAUCGCGAUGCAGCUGACGAGAGGAGAGACUGUGGCUGCCGAGACCUUUGAGUGUGUCACCAUCUACUUUAGCGACAUUGUGGGUUUCACGAGUAUCGCUGGAGCCAGCACUCCACUGCAGGUGGUCGACCUUCUCAAUGAUCUCUACACCUGCUUCGAUGCCAUUGUUGACCAUUUUGAUGUGUACAAAGUGGAGACCAUUGGAGAUGCCUACAUGGUGGUAUCUGGACUACCACUCCGUAACGGAGACCAGCAUGCUGGAGAGAUUGCCUCCAUGUCUCUCCACCUCCUCUCUGCCAUCCUCUCUUUCACCAUACGACACAUGCCAGAGCAAAAACUGCAGCUCCGUAUCGGCAUGCACUCAGGGCCAGCUGUGGCUGGAGUAGUUGGUCUGAAAAUGCCGCGAUACUGUCUGUUUGGAGACACUGUGAACACUGCCAGUCGUAUGGAGUCGGGAGGUCUUGCUCUGAGGAUUCACAUGAGUGAGCCGACAGCAGAGCUACUGAAGAAACUGGGCGGCUACACCCUUCAGGCCAGAGGAAAGAGAGAGGUCAAGGGGAAGGGAGUUAUGACAACGUACUGGCUGAACGGGCAGGAGGGGUUCAACCGUCCACUUCCGACAGAAGAUAUGGCCGUGUCUGCCAGUCAACACGAGUUCAAGUAA